AGUACACACAGGAUAACAUCAUAACACAGAUGUUACGGUUUGUCAACAUUAUGAUGAACCAUCUCAAUUCGUCCUGCAUUCCAUUUACUCCGUAAAAACAUCUUCUUUAUAUCAUCAUUCACAUCAUGUUUGAGGUGAUGGGCCUUUUAAGGCCUAACCCCACAUUUGUGAUACCAAGUCCCCCUGGUGAGAUAAUGGAGGGAGGUUCAGUGACUCUGAGCUGCAGCAGUGAUGCCAACCCAGCAGCUGACUACACCUGGUUCAAGGACAACCAACCUCUGCUCUGGGAACCAAGGCGACCUUAUACCUUGGACCCAGUCAGCUCUAAAGACAGGGGAACGUACCGCUGCCAAGCAGGGAACCAAUAUGGAUAUCUGGGCUCCAACUCGGUUUUCAUAGAUGUCCAGUACGCUCCAAAGACCCCCUCAGUGAGCGUGAGACCCCCUGGUGAAAUAAAGGAGGGAGGUUCAGUGACUCUGAGCUGCAGCAGUGAUGCCAACCCAGCAGCUGACUACACCUGGUUCAGGGAACAUGGAGGCUCAGUGGAGGAAUUAGGAGAGAACUACACCAUCAGUAACAUCACAACUGAGCUUGGAGGAAAUUAUUACUGUGAAGCUCGUAAUGCAGUUGGACUUCAGAAUUCAACUUUGAUGUUCCUUAAUGUGACAGCCACGCCAUCAUCAUUACCUACAACUGUGGCUGCAGGAACUGUAGCUGUUUUACUGGCCACCAUAUUGUUCCUCAUCUUCCUCUGGAUGAGAAGAAAGAGGGCUUCUAGGAAAGCACAUGGCCAGGGAGGAAGGCCAGAUACCAGGGAGGAGUCUCCUCCGUGUCCUGUGUAUGACAACGUCUCAGCUCUGACCAAUCGCUCGGCUUCUGCUGCACAGAGAGAACCAAUAGAAGAGCAGGAUGACCCUCACUAUGCCAGCAUCCACAUCUCUCGCUCUAAGAACCAGGAAGUGCCUUGUGGGUUUGCUGGUGUUCUGGUAGAGUCUGAUCAUACAGAGCAGGUCCUUUACUCUGCCAUCAACCUUAAAAGACCCAAGGCUGUCCCUGACGACAGUAAACUGAUGUCAGAGUUGUAUACCACCAUCAAAUAUAUGUCCCAGAAAAUGCAUUAUUUUUAAAUAGAUUCAGCUUUAAAUGGGUUUUAAUACAAUUUCUAGCAAUACAAUUGUAUGUUAUUGUCAUAAUCUUCGUUCAGCAUUUGUAUAGUUUGUUUUGUUUGUUAGUUACUAAGAAUAUUCUUCUUGCCAGAAAAAAAACGCUUGCUAUCAUUGCUUUGUUGGAUGAUGUGGGAGCUGCUAUCACUGAUAACCAAACAUGGUUGACAUUUAUUUUAUUCUCAGUGGAAAAUGUAAUAUUACGUGUGUUUCGGCAUUAGGGUCAAGUGUGUUUGAAAACAUGUCUCGCGAGAAGUGUGCUUUUUAUUAUCAUAAUCUUCUUUCAGUGCUUGUAUAUGAUGUUUAGUGAGUAAGUUAAACUGCUUAUGGUGUUUUUCAUGCUUCCAGGCUAUGUUCUGUUUAAGAAAUAACCUAAAUGAUAUAUAAAAACACGUAUUUGAAAAAUGUGGAAACAUGCAGGCUGGUCUCAUAAAAUGUUAAGAUGA